AUGAUUAAGAAAAAAAUUUCAAAAUUUACUCCUUUUGAUAGAGUUUUAGAUGGAUUAGAAUAAGAAGAACUUAUUGAUGAAGACUAUAAUAUGAAAAUCAUUAAAGUUUACAAUCGAAAGAAAAAUAACAAAAUGUUUCUGUUGGAAAGAUUAAUCUCAAAUGAAAAAGAACAUUUAAAAUAUAUAGAUGAAAUUCAUAAAUAUGAAAUUAUCAAUUCAGAUGGAUUACUUUGCAUUGAUAAAUGGGUAUUUAUUCAUUUAUAUUAGACAUACGACAUGUUAAUUGAUUAAAAUUUAAACAAAUUAUACAAAUUUAUACUUGUAUUUGACACUUAUUCAUAAAAUUUAAAUCAAUAUCUUGAGAACAUUUAAGUAUAUUUUAAUAAUUUAUUUAGUCUAAAAAAAUUUAAUUACUUAAAGAAGACAUUGUUGUAUUCUUUAGAGCAAUCAUUUUAUCAAUUAAUUAUUUGCAAUAAUAAUAAAUUGUAACUUUCAAUCCAGUUACAAUGUCUUGCAUUUUGAUUUGUUCUGAUACAUGUAUGAAAUUUAAUUGUAUACCAAUACUAUUGACUUAACAUGCUUUAGAAAAAGCAAAAAAGGAAAGUUUACUUUAUCAAUCACCUGAAUUAGUAAAAGAUGUUAAAAACAUAAAUCAUAUCUAUUCUUAAGCAGUUUAUUCUUUAGGACUUAUAUUUAUAUAGCUAUUUUUAUUAAAACAUAUAGAUUAAUUAAAGAAACAUGAAGAUAUCAAAUAAAGUAUCAAAGAAAUUUAAGCUAAAUAUGGAGAUACAUAUAAAUCAUACUUAGAAAGUAUGGUUGAAUAGGAUCCUCAUAAGAGAGUUAAAUUAUAAGAGUUGUGCCAAUUAUUAUCAAUUUAGGAACCAUAAAAAUUGAUCAAAGAUAAUUUAAAAAUAACAUUUUCAGAGACAUUUGAGUAUUAUAGGAAAUAAUACUCAAUAUUAAAUGUGCCUGAGCCUCGUUCAAUAGCUUAUGGAAUUCCUUGGAGUAGAAAUAUAUUAUAAUCGAAUUUAUUUAACAUGAAAAAUUACUUUUUGGAGUUGUUAGAUCUAUCUUAAUCAUAAUAAAUUUCAGAAUAGGCAGUGACUAUUAUUUUUUAAUAAUUUCGAGUAUUUGUAAUAGGUGGAAUGAAUAGUCAUUUGAUAUAUGAAUUAAAUGAUGAAAUACCAGCAUUAAAGGAGGUUACAUCUAUACCUUAAAGUAAUGCUAAUAGAUGGGGUUUUGGAUAUGUUAUAUGUAGAUAAAUUAUUAUAUAUUAGAGAAAACGAUUAGCUACUGUAUAUUUGUUCAGGAUAUAGUGAUUAAUUGUUGACUGCCAAUACAUUUUGUUAUAACAUAUAAACUUAAAAAUGGAUUAAAUUAAAUGAUUGUUAGAAACCAGGAAUUGGUUGUACUUUGGUUUGUUAUAAUAAUUCGAGUAUUUUCAAAUAUGGUGGAAUCGAAACUAAUAAUAAACCUCUUAAUUUUGUAGAAGAAUUUAAAAAUAAUGAAUGGCAACUAAUAAACUUUAAGAAACCUCAUUUUAUGUUACCUAGUUUUAGUUUUGCUUAGUAAGUAAAUCCAACAUAGAUUUUCAUUGUAGGAGGAUUUUUUGAUAAAUUACCUAAUACAAAAGUUAUAGUGAUGAAUGUAGAUACAUAAGCACAUCUUAUUGAUUCAAGAAAAGAUUACACUUAUAUAGAAUUCAUAGUAAAUGAAUUUUUAGAUUAUGGUAAGUUUGGACCUGUUGAAGCUAUGCAAAUUAGUAAUAAUUAAUUAUUCUUAUUAUAAAAAAAAAAUGAAAAACAUCAAUAUUUAACUGUUUAAGAUUAAGCUGGAUUUAUAGAAUUACGUAAGAUACAUGUAUGA